AUGGGCACGGCGGCGGCGCUCCUGCUGAGCCUGGCGCUCCUGGCGCCGCGCGCGGCCGCAGCGGGCAUGGGCGCGUGUUACGACGGCGCGGGGCGCCCGCAGCGCUGCCUGCCCGUGUUCGAGAACGCGGCGUUCGGCCGGCUCGCCGAGGCCUCGCACACGUGCGGCCGCCCGCCCGAGGACUUCUGCCCGCACGUGGGCGCCCAGGGCGCGGGGGCACCGUGCCAGCGCUGCGACGCCGCCGACCCCGCACGCCACCACAACGCCUCCUACCUCACCGACUUCCACAGCCAGGACGACACCACGUGGUGGCAGAGCCCGUCCAUGGCCUUCGGGGUGCAGUACCCCACCUCGGUCAACAUCACCCUCAACCUGGGGAAAGCUUACGAGAUCACCUAUGUGCGGCUGAAGUUCCACACGAGUCGACCCGAGAGCUUUGCCAUCUACAAGCGCAGCCGGGCGGGGGGCCCCUGGGAGCCCUACCAGUACUACAGCGCCUCGUGCCAAAAGACCUACAGCCGGCCCGAGGGCCUGUUCCUGCGGCUGGGCGAGGACGAGCGUGUGGCCUUCUGCACCUCUGAGUUCAGCGACAUCUCCCCGCUGAGCGGGGGCAACGUGGCCUUCUCCACCCUGGAGGGCAGGCCCAGUGCCUACAACUUUGAAGAGAGCCCUGUGUUGCAGGAGUGGGUCACCAGCACGGAGCUCCUCGUCUCCCUGGACCGGCUCAACACGUUUGGGGAUGACAUCUUCAAGGACCCCAAAGUGCUACAGUCCUACUACUAUGCCGUGUCGGACUUCUCGGUGGGCGGCAGGUGCAAGUGCAAUGGGCAUGCCAGCGAGUGUGGCCCGGAUGAGGAGGGCCGGCUGGCCUGCCGGUGCCAGCACAGCACCACGGGCACGGACUGCGAGCGCUGCCUGCCCUUCUUCCAGGACCGCCCAUGGGCGCGGGGCACGGCCGAGGCUGCCAACGAGUGUCUACCUUGCAACUGCAGCGGCCACUCUGAGGAGUGCGCCUUUGACCGGGAGCUCUUCCGCAGCUCGGGCCACGGUGGGCGCUGCCUGCGCUGCCGUGCCCACACAGCUGGGCCGCACUGCGAGCGCUGCCAGGAGAACUUCUAUCGCUGGAACCCGCGGACGCCCUGCCAGCCCUGCGACUGCCACCCAGCAGGCUCCCUGCGCCUCCAGUGCGACGACUUGGGCACCUGCGUCUGCAAGCCCACGGUGACGGGCUGGAAGUGUGACCGCUGCCUGCCUGGGUUCCACUCGCUCAGCGAGGGAGGCUGCAGACCCUGUACCUGCAAUCCUGCGGGCAGCCUGGGCACCUGUGAUCCCCGCAGUGGGCGCUGCCCCUGCAAACAGAAUGUGGAAGGCAACCUGUGUGACAGAUGUCGUCCGGGCGCGUUUAACCUGCAGCCCCACAACCCCGCCGGCUGCAGCAGCUGCUUCUGCUACGGCCACUCCAAGGUGUGCGUGGCCGCUGCUGGGUUCCGGGAGCACCACAUCCUCUCCGACUUCCGCCAGGGAGCCGAGGGCUGGCGGGCCGGAAGCAUGGGGGACCCAGGACAUCCUGCACGAUGGAGCCCAGGGGGCCUCCUCCUGGACCCAGAGGACGAGGAGGCAGAACUCACAGCACCAGAGAAGUUUCUGGGAGAUCAGCGAUUCAGCUACGGGCAGCCCCUCACACUGACCUUCCAGGUCCCCCCUGGGGGCUCCCCACUCUCCACGCAGCUGAGGCUGGAAGGGGCAGGCCUGGCCCUGACUCUGCGGCAUUCUGACUCACCCCACACCCCGGACUCUGGGCAGGCUGGGGAGGUGCGGCUGAAGUUCCUAUUGCAGGAGACCUCCGAGGACGUGGACCCUCCGCUGCCCUCCUUCCACUUCCAGCGGGUGCUCGCCAACCUGACUGCUCUGCGCGUCUGGACCAGCGGCCAGAGCACCAGCUCUUCCGGUCCCGUGCUGCUGACUGAGGUCCAGCUCACAUCUGCCCGGCAGGGGCUGUCCCCACCAGCCUCCUGGGUGGAGACUUGUUCGUGUCCCCAGGGCUACACCGGCCAGUUCUGUGAGUCCUGCGCUCCAGGAUACAAGAGGGACACGCCCCUGGGGGGUCCCUAUGCCCGCUGCGUUCCUUGCACCUGUAACCAGCAUGGCACCUGUGACCCCAACACAGGGAUCUGCCUCUGCGGCCACCACACCGAGGGCCUGUCCUGUGAGCGCUGCUUGCCAGGUUUCUACGGCAACCCCUUCACAGGCCAGGCCGACGACUGCCAGCCCUGCCCGUGCCCCGGACAAUCGGCCUGCACGACCAUCCCAGACAGCGGAGAAGUGGUGUGUACCCACUGCCCGCCGAGCCAGAGAGGGCGGCGCUGUGAGAUCUGUGAUGACGGCUUUUUCGGGGACCCACUGGGGCUCUCUGGGCGCCCCCAGCCCUGCCAGCCAUGUCAGUGCAGUGGAAAUGUGGACCCCAACGCUGUGGGCAACUGUGACCCCCUGUCUGGCCGCUGCCUGCGAUGCCUGUACAACACGACCGGUGUCCACUGCGGGCACUGUCGGGAAGGCUUCUACGGGAGCGCCCUGGCCCCUCGGCCUGCAGACAAAUGCAUGCCCUGCAGCUGCAACCCGGAGGGCUCAGCCAGUGAGCAGAGACCCUGCGACCCAGCGACCGGCCAGUGCGCCUGCCUGCCCCAUGUGACCGGACGGGACUGCGGCCACUGCAGCCCGGGCUUCCAUGACCUCCAGCCCGGCAGGGGCUGCCGGAGCUGCAAGUGCCACCCGUGGGGCUCCCUGGAGGACCAGUGCCACCCCAAGACUGGGCAAUGCCCCUGCCGUCCAGGCGUCGAGGGCCAGACCUGUGACCGAUGCCAGCUGGGUUUCUUCGGCUUUUCCGUCAAGGGCUGCCGCGACUGCAGGUGCUCCCCGCUGGGUGCCACCUCGCCCCAGUGCCGCGAGAACAGCACGUGUGUGUGCAAGCCUGGCUUUGUGGGCUACAAGUGUGACCGCUGCCAGAACAACUUCUUCCUCACGGCCAGCGGCACGCAGUGCCAGGAGUGCCCAUCCUGCUACACCCUGGUGAAGGAGGAGGCUGCCAAGCUGAAGGCCAGGCUGACCCUGAUGGAGGGAUGGCUGCAAGGGUCUGACUGCGGCAGGCCCUGGGGAACGCUGGACAUUCUACAGGGAGAGGCCCCAUGGGGGGAUGUCUACCAGGGCCCCCACCUGCUGCAAGGGGCCCAGGAAGCCUUCUUGGAGCAGAUGACAGGCCUCGAGGGUGCUGUGAAGGCUGCCCGGGAGCAGCUGCAGGCGCUGGGCAGGAGUGCCCGCUGUGCCCAGGCUGGAGCAGAGAAGACCUGCGUCCAGCUGGCGGACCUAGCGGCAGCACUGGAGUCCUCGGAAGAGGAGAUUCUGCACGCGGCCACCAUCCUCGCAUCUCUGGUGAUUCCUCAGGAAGGACUCGGCCAACCUGCCAACUGGAGCCAGCCGGCCACAGAGGCACGUGCCCUUGCCAGGAGCCACAGGGACACCGCUACCAAGAUUGAGGCCACGGCUCGGAGGGCCCUGCUCGCCUCCAACACCAGCUAUGCACUUCUCUGGAGCCUGGUGGAGGGCCGAGCAGCCCUGGAGGCCCAGCAGGAGCUGGAGGACAGGUACCAGGAGGUACAAGCGGCCCAGAAGGCGCUGGGCACAGCUGUGGCAGAGGCGCUGCCUGAAGCUGAGAGGGUGCUGGCCGCCGUGCAGCAAGUCGGCGCAGACGCGGCCCUGCGCCUGGCCUCACCAGUGGCCCCAGCAUCACCGCCUCAGAAGUCCCAGGCCGAGGCCAUGAGCCUGAAGGUGCAGACGCUGGAGAAGACAGUCACGUCGAGGGAGCACAUGGUGACCGAGGCUGCCCGGUCCCUGCAGGCCACCGCCCAGGCCGUGCUGCAGGAGAUGGAGCCCCUCACGCAGCUGCGCCAGGAAGCCAGAGCCGCCCUGACCCGAGCUUCCUCAUCUGUCCAGGCUGCCACGGUGACCGUCAUGGGAGCCAGGGCUCUGCUGGCUGACGUGGAAGGAAUGAAGCCGAGGUUUCCUCGGCCCAAGGACCAGGCCGCACUGAGGAGGAAGGCGGCUAUCGUCCAGGACAGGAUCCUUGCAGACUCGAGAAAGAAGACCAAGCAGGCAGAGAGGAUGCUGGGAGAUGCGGCUUCUGUCUCCUCCAGGGCCAAGAAGAAGGGCAGGGAAGCCGAGCUGCUGGCCCAGGACAGUGCCAAGCUCGCCAAGGCCUUGCUGAGGGCAGGGAAGCAGGAACACCGCCGGGCUAGCCGGCUCUCCAGCCAGACUCGGGCGACCCUCGGACUGGCCUCCCGGCAGCUGCUGGCCUCAGAAGCGCACAGAAAGGAGCUGGAGGCCGCUGAGCGGGAUGGUGCCAGGCUGAGCCAGAUGGAACGGCAGAUCCGGGAGUCACGCAGCUCCCUGGAGAAAGACAUCAAAGCCUUGUCAGAGCUGCUCACCAGGCUGAGGUCGCUAGACACCCACAGAGCCCCAGCCAGGGCCCUGAACGAGACCCAGUGGGCACUGGAGCGUCUGAGGCUGCGGCUGGGUCCCCCAGGGGCCCUGCAGGGGAAACUGAGGCUCUUGGAGGAGGAAUCCAAGCUGCAGGAGCUGCAGAUCCAGAGCUUCGAGAGCGACCUCGCAGAGAUCCGCGCUGACAAGCAGAACUUGGAGGCCAUCCUGCACAGCCUGCCCGGGAGCUGUGCCAGCUGGCAGUGA